AUGUCAUCGCAGGCUACUUUACAAGGAUCUAGGAUCCCAAAUCAAAUUUUCAACAAGUCCACUAACAGCUAUACCAUCACCCAGCAAGACCUCGAAUUCAUCUCUGACCAACAGCUCGAGUGGUCCCAGCAAUGGAUCCCUGAUCCCACAUUUGACAAAAAGGUCAAAGACGUGCAGGAUGCCUACGAUGAGCUGACGCUUGAUGAUGGGAGUCUAUUUACUCGCGGCACGGACGCCUUCAUCGAAGAAGGGGCCGCACAAGAGGAUAUCGCUUCUGGGGAUGCCUUGCAGCGUUACUCAGCCCCACUGGAAGCCCAAGGACCACUCUCCGAUUUGGGUUACUUCCACCAUGACCCCAUCACGGGAGCUGAGCUGGAUGUCGUAGUCGAUGCAGACACCGGGGACGCUCGCCGCCGUCUCCUUCCACCAGAGCCUUCUUGGCUGCCACACAGUCAAGAGCAAGACCGAAUGAUCGCCGCCUCACGAUUCUCGUCUGAUCGAAGACCAAGAUGGCGAUACUAUCAAUAUCCUCACAGAGGGGGAUUAUUUUCUCCAAGUCUGUGUUCGCAAAAACUUAACUCAGUCGAUUGA